AUGCAAAAUGGAGAGGGUCCUGAGUGUGAUGGUCUGGCUGGAUUCUCGCGACGAGGAUGCGCUGGGGCUAUUCCAGUAGACGUCAUCGUGAACUGUCUCACCGAAGAGCAGAUGCAGCUUAGACAGACAGUCCAGAGAUUCUUCCAAGAGAAGCUCACUCCACAUGCAGAUGAAAUUGACAAGAAAAACGAGUUUCCUUGCAUGAGGGAAUUUUGGAAGGAGAUGGGUGAUCUUGGACUGCUUGAAAUCACUGCUCCAAUAGACUAUGGUGGAACGGGAUUGGGCUAUCUUGAUCAUGUAAUUGUUUUAGAAGAGAUGUCCCGUGUGUCAGCUGCUAUAGCCCUCAGCUAUAGAGCUCACUCUAACUUGUGUAUAAAUCAGAUGGUUCGGCAUGCAAACCAGAAACAGGAGAAGUACAUGCUCAAGGUGAUGACAGGGGAACAUGUGGGUGCCUUGGCCAUGAGUGAGCCCAACGCUGGCUGUGAUGUGGUGUCCAUGAAACUGACAGCGAGAAAGGAAGGUGACCACUGUGUGUUAAACAGUAAUAAGUUCUGGAUUACGAAUAGGCCCGAUGGACAUGUUCUGAUUGUUUAUGCUAAGACAAACCCAGAAGCAACGGCUCGUGGGAUUGGUGCUUUCAUCAUAGAGAAGGGUAUGCCAGGAUUCAGCACUGCACAGAAGCUGUUCCAGAGAUCCAACCAAAUUUGUAAAUGUUCUUUUCAUUUUUCAAACGUUUCAGAGGAAAACAUAUUGGGCCCGUUGAAUAAAGGGGUAUAUGUCAUGAUGAGUGGACUGGGUCUGGAAAGACUUGUAUUGGCUUCUGGACCUGUGGGAAUUCUUCAGCAUCAUGCAGCUGACCAUGCAAUUCCCUAUGUACAUGUUCGUGAAGCAUUUGGGCAGAAAAUUGGCCACUUCCAGCUAAUGCAAGGGAAGAUGGCUGAUAUGUACACACAGCUUAGUUCGUGUCGGCAGUAUUUAUACAAUGUCGCCUGUGCUUGUGACAAAGGCCAUGUCAGUGCAAAGGACUGUGCUGGGGUAAUCCUUUAUUGUGCUGAGAACGUGACUCAAGUUGCUUUGAAUGGGAUUCAAUGCCUGGGUGGAAAUGGUUACAUUAUUGACUACCCAUUGGGCCACUUGCUAAGGGAUGCUAAACUUUAUGAGAUUGGAGCUGGCACUAGUGAGGUUAGAAGGAUGGUCAUUGGCAGGGCCUUCAAUGCCAUGUUCAAAUAG